CCUCGCUCCCCUCACUAGCCGUGGUCCCCACCUCCUCCCCCGACCUCUCGUGCGCUCACAUCCCCACACACCGUGUGCAGGGUCAGCGACCAUGGACCCCGAAGCUCCGCCAGCCGUGGCCGCCGCCGACUCGGUCCCGGCCCAGCCGCCUGAUGCUCAGGGUCCCGCCGAGGGGGGCGACGCAGGCACCAUGAGCCAGGACACCGAGGUGGACAUGAAGGAGGUGGAGCUGAACGAGCUGGAGCCCGAGAAGCAGCCGAUGAACGCGGCGCCGGGGGCCCUGGCGGGCGGCGCGGGCGGCGAGAAGAACGGGCUGGUGAAGAUCAAGGUGGCGGACGACGACGAGGCGGAGCCGGCGGCCAAGUUCACCGGGCUGUCCAAGGAGGAGCUGCUGAAGGUGGCGGGCAGCCCCGGCUGGGUGCGCACCCGCUGGGCGCUGCUGCUGCUCUUCUGGCUGGGCUGGCUCGGCAUGCUGGCGGGCGCCGUGGUCAUCAUCGUGCAGGCCCCGCGCUGCCGCGAGCUGCCCAAGCAGAGCUGGUGGCACCAGGGCGCCCUCUACCGCAUCGGCGACCUGCCGGCUUUCCUGGACAGCGACGCGGGCCUGGCAGGCCUGGAGAAACAUCUGGAUUACCUGAACACCCUCAAGGUGAAAGGCUUAGUGCUGGGCCCGAUUCACAAGAACCAGAAGGAUGACAUCCUGGCCACCGACUUGGAACAGAUUGACUCCAGCCUCGGCUCCAAAGAUGAUUUUAAGAAGUUUCUGCAGUUGGCCAAGAAAAAGAGCAUCCGGGUCAUUCUGGAUCUCACUCCUAACUACAAGGGCCAGAACUUAUGGUUCCUGCCCACUCAGAAUUACACCGUGGCUGCCAAGAUGAAGGAUGCGAUGACUUUUUGGCUACAGGCUGGCGUGGAUGGGUUCCAGAUUCGGGAUGUGGAGGAUUUGAAGGAUCCAUCUUUGCAUUUGGCUGAGUGGCAGAACAUCACCAAGAAUUUUAGUGAAGACAGGAUCUUGAUUGCUGGAAUGAAGUCUGAAGACCCUCAGCAGAUCCUGAGCUUACUCGAAUCCAAUAAGGACAUACUGUUGACUAACUCGUAUAUGGCCAUUGGGAUGCAUGUGAAAUCCAUGGUUACCCAGUAUAUGAAUGCCACUAGCAACAGCUGGCGCAGCUGGAGUAUAUCUCAGGCGGGACUCUUGUCCUCCUUUGUGGAGGCUAAAUUCCUCCGACUCUACCAGCUGCUGUUUUUCACCCUGCCGGGGACCCCAAUUUUCAGCUUUGGGGAUGAGAUUGGUCUGGAGGGGGCAGCUACCCUUCCUGGACAGCCAGGGAAGGCACCUGUAAUGCCGUGGAAGGGAUCCGACACCCCAGGGUCUGUAAGCCCCAACAUAACAGUAAAGAGUCAGGAAGAAGACAGUAACUCCCUCCUUUCCCUGUUCAAACGGUUGAGCGACCAGAGGGGGAAGGAACGCUCCCUGCUGCAUGGAGACUUCCACAUGCUCAACACAGAGCCCACCCUCUUCUCCUACGUCCGCCAGUGGGACCAGAACACGCGUUUCAUGGUAGUGCUCAACUUCGGGGACGAAGAACAGACUUUCAAUGUGGUCAGCUCCCCCACUGGAGUCAGCCUCCCAGCCAAGGCGAACCUGGUGCUCAGCACUGAGCCUGGCUUUACGGAGGGUGCUUCUGUUGACCUGCAGCAUCUGAACCUAAAGCCCCACCAGGGGCUGCUGCUCCACUUCCCUUACGAGGCCUGACCAGAGCCCAUCACCUCUUCCCCACCCUGCCCCAGGCCUUUUGGGUCCUGGGCUCUUUUUUUUUUUUUUUAAAAAAAACAUUUUGUAUUGUUAGUCAUCACACAUGGAUUCUCCCACACUACAACCUCCCCUUCCCCCCCCAGGGUGUUUCUGAUUUCAAAUAAAGUUCAUCCCUGCUUGGUGA